CCUCUGCCAGGCUCAUGGCUUUGCCUACGGCGGACGGGUGAGGGAAGUGUUUGAAUGCUGUUGCUGUGUGUUGGAAUCUGACUCAUUUUAAAGGGUAAUUUGGGGAUUGCUUGGUCUGAAGAGAGACUAAAGGUUAAACUGUGUGAGUAAACGCAUGGCUUUGCCUGUUUAUGUUUGUGUGGACUACACCCAUGACUACACCUGUGUCGAUUCAACACACCACAAUAACACCCUAUCACUGCAUGGCAAACACUCGCUUAGUCAAACAUGCAUUUAUGGGUUGCUGUCGGACUGAGCAACAAUGACGUCACCCUGGGCUUUUAUAUUCCCACAUUUUAAGAUCUGUUCUAUUCUAUUAUUUUCUGUUCUAUUCUGUAUUGCUGAAUGUUUUUAAUCUAGUCUGUUACAUUUUAUUAUUUUCACUCUUAUUAUGCCAUAUUAUGCUACAAUAUACUAUAUCUUAUGCUGUUAUAUGCCAUAUUCUAUUCUGUUCUAGUCUCAGGCUGAUGAUACACUGGGCAACGUUUUGAGUAACGCAGCUGGGCAACUUUGGGAAAUUUUGCCUCAGUGGGCAAUCAGGUGAGACACAGGGCCCACGACUGAUCUAAAAUAUCCAGAUUGAAAUUUGUUACCCAUUUUCAAUGGGAAAAUGCCCAAGCAACAUUGCUCAAAAAAAAUUGCCCAGCAAAAUUGUUCAAAAAGUUGCCCCAUGUAUCAUCAGCCUAAAUCUAGUCUGGUCUGUUUCUUCUAAUUGAGUCUAAUUUCUAUUCUAUUCAAUCAUAUUAUGGCAUAUUAUGCUACAGUCUAUUAUAUCUUAUGCUGUUAUAUGCCACAUUCUAUUCUGUUCUAUUCUGUUCUGUUCUAUUAUGCCGUAUUAUGCUAUCACAUAGUACUAUACUAUUAAAUUCCACAUUCUAUUCUAUUCUAUUUUUUGCUAUAUGUUCUCAACUGGUCUGUUUCUUCUAAUAUAGUCUAACAUUCUAUUCUAUUCUGUUCUAUUCUAUUCUGAUGUUAUUUGUUCCAUUCUAGUCUGUUUAUUUCAGACUGUUACGUUCUAUUCCAUUCUGUUAUACUACUGUUUUUUAAUGUUAUGCUAUUAAAUGCAGCAUUCUCUGCCCUUCCCUUUACAUUCUAUUCUAUUCUAUUCCAGUACAUUCACAUUCUAGUACAUUAUAGCUUUGUUCUUUUGCGCUGUUAUUCUAUAUUCCAUUCCAUUCUGUACAGUUCAUUUAAAUGUUAAAGGUGUGACAUUGCUAACCUAGUAUAAUGUUAUUGAUAAAUAAUUCACUUAUUAUUUAUGUAGGCUACUAAAAACACUUUUUUGUGGUUAUAACUGCUACAAAUCCAAAUGUAAAGGGGUGAUAGUUAAGGACUAAUGGGCGGACUUCGUUACCCAUAAUCCCUCGCGGUGCUCUGUGACGUCGGCUCUCACGCUUUGUAGGCAGACGCGGAGUUAUUCUGGAGAGCUGUCAGUGCACGGAGACCGCUGAAGACAUCCUGCCUCACUCCUUUACAUGAUUAUUUUUGGCAUUUUAUCCGACAAACAGAACGACUGUUGUCACUUAUUUCCGACAACUCAUGAGUCAGUCCACCUGGAGUUUCUUUAGUUUGGCGCAUAUCUGAGAAGGCACACUAAAAAGUCUUAUUAGAGAUGUCUUAUGGUGAGACCGUGAUGGUGGAGCAUUGAGGAAGCAAGAUCAAGAAGGGAAGACAGAGAAAUAUUUCAGAGGAAGUGUUUGAGCUGUAGACCAGAGUGAUGUUGGCCCCUGAACAGGAGCUGCUGAGCUCUUCCAAACCCUUCAAAUAUGGAGAGCUCAUCGUCCUUGGCUACAACGGCUCCCUACCGAAUGGAGACCGGGGCAGAAGAAGGAGUCGUUUCGCUCUGUUUAAGAGACCCAAAGCCAAUGGAGUCAAACCCAGCACCGUUCACAGCACAUGCAGUCCACAGACCGCCAAGGCCAUCAGCAACAAAAACCAGCACAGUGUGUCGUAUACACUGUCCAGGGCGCAGACGGUAGUCGUGGAGUACGCACACGACAGCACCACAGACAUGUUUCAGAUCGGCCGGUCCACUGAAAGCCCCAUUGAUUUCGUGGUGAUGGACACGGUGCCUGGUUGUCACGGCAAAAGCGACACGCUGUCGUCUCAGAGCACUAUAUCGCGAUUCGCGUGUCGGAUCGUGUGUCAGAGAGCACCACCCUACACCGCGCGCAUCUACGCCGCCGGCUUCGACUCGUCCAAAAGCAUCUUCCUGGGGGAGAAAGCAGCGAAAUGGUGGUGCGCUGACAGCCAGAUGGACGGCCUGACCACUAACGGCAUAUUAGUGAUGCGACCGCGGCACGGCUUCACCUGCGAGUCCAAAGCAGGCUCCUGGAGAGAGAUCUCCGUCUGCGGCAACGUCUUCACGCUCCGAGAGACCCGCUCCGCUCAGAAACCCGGAAAACUGGUGGAGAAUGAGUGUCACGAGCUGGUGGAUGGCACUUUAAUCGACCUGUGUGGCGCGACCCUGCUGUGGCGUUCGGCGGAGGGUCUGUCGCACACGCCGACCCCCAAACACCUGGAGGUGCUGCGGCGGGAGCUGAACGCGGCGCGGCCCCAGUGUCCCGUGGGCCUGCACACCCUGGCCUUCCCCAGCCUGGAGCGCUCCUCCAGCCCCGACCACCAGCCCUGGGCCUACCUGACCUGCGGCCACGUGCACGGACAGCACGGCUGGAGGGGCUCCUCCGAGGAGGACGGGUCCCAGAGCGGAGAGGAGCUGGGGCUGGAGCAGGGUGAGCGCGAGUGCCCGCUGUGCCGCUCCCGGGGCCUGUACGUGCCGCUGAAGCUGGGCCGCGAGUCAGCCUUCUACCUGGACGCCGCGCCCCCCACGCAUGCCUUCAGCCCCUGCGGACACGUGUGCUCGGAGCGCACCGCCGCCUUCUGGAGCAGACUGCUGCUGCCUCACGGCGCUCACGGCCUCUGCCCUGCCUGCCCCUUCUGCAUGCGGCCGCUCGCCCGCCACAGGAAGAGCGUCAGGCUCAUCUUUCAGGGGUCGCUGGACUGAGUGUGUGGCUGCGUCCCCAAUCACCGACUACACCCUUGAAAGGAUAGUUUACCCAAAAAUGAGAAUUAGACCAUGCUUUACUCACCCUCGAGGCAUCCUAGGUGUAUAUGACUUUCUUCUUUCAGACGAAUACAAUCGAAUACAAUAUUUGUGACCCUGGAGCACAAAACCAGUCAUAAGUAGCACGAGUAAAUUUGUAGCAAUAGCCAAAAAUUUGGACAACUUUAAAGGCGAUUUUCUCAAUAUUUAGAGUUUUUUGCAUCAUCAGAUUCCAGAUUUUCAAAUAGUUGUAUCUCGGCCAAAUACCAUACAUCAAUGGAAAGCUUAUUUAUUCAGCUUUCAGAUGAUGUAUAAAUCUCAGUUUCCUUAUGACUGGUUUUGUGGUCCAGGGUCACAUAUUAAAAUGAUCCCUGCUCUUCCAAGCCUUUGAAUGGAAGUAGCGGGUGUUUUUUUUCAACAGUCCGAAAGUAAUCAAGUAAAGCGCAUCCAUCCGUAAUAAAAUGUGCCUCACACCGCUCCGGGGUGAAUAAAGGCCUCCUGUAGCGAAUCCAUGUGUUUUUGUAAGAAAAAUAUCCAUAUUUAAAACGUUAUAAACACCUUUCCUUCACUUCAGCUGACUGUCAUAGACGGAAGCCGUUCCGGUAGAUGAUACAGGACGAAUGCGUAGCGUAAGAACCGGUGAUUCGUGACGAACGUGGAAGCGCGGAGGCGAGAGCAAAACAAAACACCAGUCAUGAAUUAGAAGCACAAUACAAGGAUUUGUAAAGAAAAAUGCCGGAGGAUUUUGAUAUAAGCCAAGAGGAGACUGGUUUUCCUUUGCUUCCUUUGCUCCUGUAAACAAACUCGCAAGAUUAGCAUCCUACGUCAUCCUCCAGAACAGCUUGCUCGUAUGACAGAUAGCAGAAGUUAGUGAUGGGCUCUUUCGAAUCACUGCUUCGUGAAGCUUCGAAGCUUUUGUUAAUCAUUUGUUUCGAAACAGUGGUUCGGAGAGCAUGUCAAACUGACGAAGUCACAUGAUUUCAGUAAAUGAGGCUUCAUUAUGUCAUAACUGUUUCGAAACGUUUCAAAAUUUCAGUGGUUUUCCACCAGGGGGCGAUUUCUAUAAACCAGUGAGAUCGCGAACCAUUGAACCAGCGUCUCUGAUCUCGGAUCAGUUUUAUCAAUUUGUAGACAUUUUUACGAGACAUUUGUGUAAUUAAAAGGAUGAGAAGUAGUUAAUAGUCUUUUACUGGCAUCUAUAUACUCUCCAUAAAACAAACAAUACAAGCUGUGCGAAUUAAUAUAAAAUAUUUAAAAAACAGCAUAUUGUACAGACACUUCAUAUUUAAUGGUAUUUUAUCAUUUUUAUUACAUUUACACAUUUUUGACCAGCAGGCGUCACUAGCGCGUGGUGUUCCGAAUGAUUCGAAACAGUGAAUCAUUUUGCGAAGAAAUUGAUUCAAUUGAUUCGUAGCUCCGAAAAGGUUAGUUUCUCCCAUCACUAGUGGAAGUGAGAGAAAAGUGUUUACAGGAGGCCUUUAUUCAUCCCCCAGAGCCAUGUGAGGCACGUUUUAUUAUGGAUGGAUGCACUUUAUUGGACUUCUUUUGGACUGUAGAAAAAAAUUUUUUUUAAUUAAUUUUAAUAAUUUUUAAUAUAACUCCGAUUGGAUUCAUCUGAAAGAAGAAUGUCGUAUACACCUAGGAUGCCUUGAGAGAGAGUAAAACAUGGGCUAAUUUUCAUUUUUGGGUGAACUAUCCCUUUAAAUAGGGCAAUGUUUGAGGGGACAGCCAUUUGUAGUGUUGUCCCAAACCUUAGUGGACAUUAUCGAGUGCACUCACUCAAUCCCACAAUGCACAGCAAUAACAGGUGUACAACUGAUGUAUGCUCAACUGCUAGAGAAUACCCAUAAUGCACUGUGAGAGUCACUCGCCGAAUGAAUUCCCGCGUCUCGCCUGAAGAUGGCGCCUGCGGCGGAAUCGUCCAUCCAUUAAUUUUACAAAGCACUCGGCCUACAGCGUAAUACGAUACAGGUAUAAAUUCAUUGUAAACUGAUUAUUCCAUUAUUUAAUUAGGGUUUAUACAUCAUUUCCAUGACAGAGUUCAAGAUAAAUCCUUUCAUCUUACUACUGGAGCUGCCCGUUUCAAACGAUUAUUAAACAGCAGCACAAACUAUGCAAAAGCGGCAUUUUUCCGGUGCACUUAGUGUCCGAAUUCACUCACUCGUUUUCAUUCACUCCUUCAAGUGGACUGAACUAGUGGACUAAUGUAGGGAAUAGUGAAUGAGGGUAUAGGGGUGAUUUUGGAGUUUAAGACUCUUACAUGCUGCUCCUCUGCCAACACACACAUUCAGCUCUGAUUUUCCCACAAGCCAUCUGUUCUCUGUCUGACUGGAUGCUGUUCACUGUAUGUUCAGUAGUUUACUGUUUAAAAGCCACUGUGCUUGAGCUGUCCUGCUCGUGCCAUACAAACAAUGUUAUGUUAGGAAUCUGUACGAAUACACUUCAGUGGGUGUGUGAACCUGUUUUCUGAAUUCAAUUACUUUCAUGUGUGCUUGUUUCAAACUGCCUUAGACUAUCACCUCCAAAAUACCAAUGAUGUUCAUCGACAAUGAGUUUGAAAUGAGGUUAUUAUAUUAUAUUAUGUAUAUUGUAUUAAAGCUGUAUUGUUGUUGCAUUUUCUCAAAAAUGUUUUUGUAUCAUUCUUGAAGAAUAAAGUUAUAGAUAUAUUUCAAUAAAC